GCCCAGAUCUUUGCAUCGCCAGAUAGAUUCACAAUUUCGAAAACUCACAGAUCAGAAUCCAAUCUAACAAUCUGACAACCAUCUCAUUCGACUACGCCAAUCCAUUGAAACCAAAAUGAAGUGGGCCACUCCUUUGUCUCUUUUCUUCCUGGCAACACGCUCUCCCUCUGCCUUUGGCGAUUCCUUCUUCUUGGGGGAGCCUGAUGGCACUCCACCGGAUGAUGCUGACGACGGGUUGUUUCAGGAAUCAACUCACUGCCAUUCCGGAAGUGUUAUCAAUCGGUGUGGUGACAUCUUCAUUGAGAGACACACUGUUGCGGAGCUCUCAACAAGCGGUGGCUGCAAUUCCGUCGCGGACCUCUUUCAAUGGGGUUGUUGCAUGGAAGCUCGACUGAUUGAACUGGAUAUUUAUACCGAUAUCAACCUGGUGCUGGCUACUGCUUGCUUUUUGUACUACUUUUGGGACUGCGUUGUGACGGGUGACGGCUGCCUUGAUUUUGGUGGCGGAGGACCUCCUCCGACUCCUCAGCCAACUCCUGCUCCGGUUACCAUUCCAACCCCUCUUCCUCCGACUCCUGGUCCAACUCCUCGCCCCACUCCCCGGAUGGGAACUCCCUGGCCGACCCCUCGCCCAACCCCUCGACCCACGUCCCUGCUUCCUGUCGGUGGACCUCAGCCUGCAGGAAUUUGCUUCUCCAAGUUGACCACGGUUGCUGUAUCUGGUAAAGGAUCCAUCUCCAUUUCGGAGGUCCAAGUUGGAGAUCGUGUUGUGACGGCCCAGGACUCUAGUGGAAAGGAAUUGUAUGAGACGGUAUUUGCCCUGGGCCACUACAACCCCUCCGAGUCUGGAGAUUUUCUUCAAUUCCAGGUGGCGGAGGCUGAUGGAAGUACUACCUCAAAGAAGAUGAUGCCUUUGGAGGUGUCAGCAAGCCAUUUGGUUUUGAUUCAUGAUGGGAAGCAGCAUGCUGUCAGAGCUGAUUCUGUAAAAGUAGGAGACGUUCUUCAAGGCCCUCAAGGACACGGCGACUAUCGUAUCUCAAAGAUCCACCAAGUCAGUCGCCAGGGAGUGUUCAGUCCUUUGACGCCAUCUGGAAAGUUGGUGGUCAACAAUGGUAUUGCUGCAACAGGCUACGUGGCAGCCCCAGGACAGAACUCUGCAGAGCACUUGCAGUCCAAGGAUGGCUUUCUGUUUCCGAUGUCUCACUAUUCGUACGCUCAUCUUUUCAUCGCUCCGUUCCGUCUGGUGUGCAUGGGAAUCUUGUCCAGUCUCUGUACUGCCAUGGAUGAGGAUGGGAUCCUUCAGUAUGUCUCGACAGGUUUUCGGGUUCAUGGAUGGAUCGAAGAGCAGAACACACUGGUCCAACAAGUCCUCUUGGUUCUGUUCAGCCUUGUUUGCGGGAUUUGCAUGGUAGUUGAGUUUGUCUUUGGUGCUACAUAUGGUCCUCUUGCUAUCUUCUUGGGCAUUAUGGCCUGGAUCUCCUUCAUCAAGCCCAACAUGACGAACCGCUUUCAGCAGGCAAAGGCGAAAGCCGCCUAGCUUGCUAGUUAUGAUGGUUGUGGUUCGGCAUCAAUCACUGCAUGAUAUACAUGUGUGUACGUACAUGAUACGUAUUCAAAUUCUAUUUUAUACAUCGAGGAUGAUCUAUGCUGGAGUGCCGCGUUAGUGGAUGGAUCAGAAUGGCGAUCAUCGUCAACAGAGCCUAUUAAAUUUUUACAUGUAAUGAUACCUUUUACAUUUU